AUGAAACCACUUCUGCUAAUCGACGAAGAUUCAAAUGAUGAAGAGUCGGUCGACUAUCAACCACAGAAUAACGAAUUUACCGCGAUUUCCGCAUUAAAUUGGCGUAAUUUGGACGAAGUGCCGGUUCAGGAGCCGUUUUUGUGUGUGGAUCCUUUGAGCGAGCUUAUUCCGGAAGAUGUUCCCAGCACCAGCUCACACUUUAUUCCGAAGAACACUGUGGAUCCAAGUAUUGAUAUUGUUUUCUGUAUGCAGUGCGACUUAUCGAUUGAUCCUUCAUCCUCAUUGAUUGGGAUGGAAAGCCCUCAUUUGGCGAGCUGUUCGAUGAAAAAAGAGCUCAGUUGUGAACUCUGCGGUGCGCAGUACAACAAAGCGAUGAAUCUACGAGUGCAUUUGUUACUGGAACAUGGGAAUCGAGUGGAACAAAAUGAUUCCAAAUUCGCAUGUGAGAUCUGCAAUCGAGCGUUCACUCGUUCGAAAGCGCUUCAAUCACACAUUGAGAAACACUCAAUAAGCGAUGAAUUACAAUGCACGAGAUGCCGAACCAUGUUUACUUUUAAGGCCGAACUGAAUCGACAUCUACGAUGGAGUGAUUGCGCUGCGGAAGUCAUCGAGAAUCAGUUAGUUUUUUGCCCGCAUUGUUCGGCGACGAUUCCCUUUGGCGAGCGAGAGAUUCACGCGCGACAACACACAAUAUUACGUCGUCUCUCCAAAAAACCCACUCCUUCACUUCCUUUACCAGAAAGUUUCACAAAGGAUCGCCCGCAUUUAUGCACGAUUUGCGAUAAACGUUUCAAAAGGCCAGCUGAAUUGAAACGGCAUCUCAAUAAGCACUCUGGCGAGAAGAGCUUCACCUGUGAGCAAUGUGAACGAGCGUACACCCACGAGCGGGGUCUGCUUUCCCAUGUGCAACGUGAUCAUAAUAUGAAGCGAUACAAUUGUCCGAUCUGUGGAGUGCCUUUUAAGAGCGCUCAAAGCAUGCAGCGACACGCGAAAGCCGUUCACCCAUUGGGGCAAAGUCAGGAGCGGCGAGAGAGUUACACGUGUGAUAUUUGUCACUGCAGUUUUGGCAACAUCGGAGCUCUUUCCGUUCACCUUAAACAUCAACACGAUAUGACUCUACCCGAGCACAUGCGAAAGGUUUACGUGUGUCCUUUCUGUGAGAAGACUUUUCGAAAGAAUAGGGAUUGCAUUGAUCACAUCCAUUCACAUACCCUAGAGAAACGGCAUCGUUGCAAGCGUUGCGGGAAGAAGUUCAGCUCGAGAAACGGGUUGAAGGUUCAUAUGGAGAUCCACUUGCGACAAGAUGUCGCCGAUCCAACCCUGGCCAUGCAUCGCUGUGGAGACUGCUUCAAAUUGUUGUCCUCAGCUGACGCUCUUCGCCGUCACCGCGCCAUCCACCAAAUCUAUCAGUGUUGCCGAUGCGGGGCGAAACUCCAAUCAGCGAUUCGUUUGAGACACCACGAGUCUAUUUGCACUUUGGAAGGAGAGGCCAUCUCCGGUUCUUUGCUCGAAUUGGGUGAGACAGCGAGUCAGACUUUUGGUUCCCCGUCUCGUCCCUCCACCUCAAGACCAGCCUCUGUUGGAGGACUUCCGAGAGCCAAUUUCGAGAAUAUCUACACUUGCCGUGUUUGCUCUCUCGUUUUGCCGACUUUCACCGCAUGGCGAACCCAUUCAAGAACCCACUCUGGCCGACCGACAAAACCGCACAUUUGUUGGCUUUGCCAUAAAGCUUUCUCAAGUAUACAACAACUCCAUCGUCAUAAGCAAGUGCAUGAAAGAGAGCGACCGAUGAACUGUGUGGUGUGCCAAAGGAGUUUUCGGAAUCGAAAUCGUUGGCUUGAGCACAUGGCUGAGGCGCAUCCGGAUGUGAGAACCGCAGAGAUGCCACAAGAGCAACGAGCGGGUGCCUCAUCAGUUCAACCCUAUCAACCAUCAACGAUUCAACAAUUCCCUCAGCCAACGCGAUCCCAAUCAGCCGAUAUGUUCUACCAGAAUCAACAAAACGAUUUCUACAAUCUCCUCCCAUCAACCUCAGGCACACAAUUGUUUUCAUUGAGCGAUACAUUAGAUUAUAAUCAAGCUGUGCCGAUCACUCAACCAUUGCCUCAAACAAGUGCUCAGAUUGAGCCAAUCGCCUUCACUGCAUUGCUUCCAUAUCAACAAAUCGCUGCACCAUUUCCCCCAACAAAUCUCCGCUGUCCCGUCUGUCAACAUCAAUAUCAAAGUGCUGAACAUCUUCUCCAGCAUUUGGAUCAAAUCUCUCAAGAAUCAAUGCACGCAUUCUCCAUAUUCACAUGCCCGAUUUGUCAAAAAUCGGUGAGUGGAUGCUCGGCUUUCGCUCAACAUUUCCGCGAUGGACACCAAAUCUCAUUGCCAAAUCCAAGUGGAUUCGUUGAUAUCCCGAAAGCUUUUCUUUCACAAAAGACCGCGAAAACGAGACAAAAAUCGGAAGAUAUUCGCGUGCAUCGAUGCUCAUUUUGUGCGAAAGAGUUUUUACGGAAAUCGGACAUUGAGCGACAUAUCCGGAGUCAUACUGGCGAAAAGCCGUUCUCGUGCUCGAUUUGUGGGCGUUCUUUCGGAAACAAUUACAAUUUGAAAGUCCAUGAGAAAAGCCAUGAAAGAGACGGUGAGAAAACGCAUAAAUGUUCGGUUUGUCAAAAGUCAUUUUUUCAUAUGAGCGCUUUGAAAUUGCAUAUGCGAAAGCACACGGGAGAUCGACCUUUGAAAUGCCCUUUUGAGGAGUGCGCGGAGAUGUUUGGAAAUUCGUCGGCUCGUUUACGGCACAUUGAAUGGCACAACAAUGGGUGUCCGAGAGCGUUGAAAACGAUCACCGAGACAGAAAGUCCAGCGAGAGGCCAAGUGUUGAGUCAACUCGUUUCGGGUUCAGAGUCAACUCAGCAACAAUUCCAGCGAACCGUUCAGCAAAUCAGUCGCCUCAAAAAGCAACCAUUGAAGAUCCAUUCCACAAGCGCUUUCUCCGUUCCACCACCACAAAUCACUGUUCAGACUACGGAAGAAGAGCAAAUACUUUGUGUGAAUGUGACUCCACAUGAAGUGAAUCGAUAUAGAAUUGAAUUGUGUCGGAUACAUCGAGAUCCACCGCAUGGGACAACUCACUUCUGCCUGCCCUCUUCCUCGCUUCGUGUCUUCCCAAAUCGAAUCGAUAUCUGCAAAACAACGACUGUGGGUAUUUGCGUAUCCUGGGGAAAUGCUUUACAAGCAUUACAUGAGAAUGGGCUCUUUCCUCGUACAAUCAUUUGCGAUAUUUCUUCAUCAACUGAUUUGGAUGCAAAAGGACGAAUCGUUUGGGUGAUCGCCUUGGAUACUGUGCCCAGUGUGCAAGCUGCUCGUCUCGAUUGGCGGCGAGAAUGUCCAAUUUGUGAUGUCACAUUCACUCGAGAAGAGGAAAGUAAUCAACAUUUCACGAGUGAAGAUCAUGAAACGGCUGAGUUAACCUCAUCGACAAGAAGGGGUGGAAUCGGGGUUGGCCCAUCGCUUUCUGCCGGUGUCACCAAUCAAGAACAACUCAAUUAUGGAGCAGCUCAUCGCGGCAAUUUCGCGUGUCAACUCUGCGGACAGCGUUUGCUAGACAUGGAACUGUUGCUUUCGCAUAUUCACAGAUUUCACAACUCUGAAACGAGAGGCCUUGAGACUGUUCGACCGGCUGCUCGAACGGCUCCUUUACAC